AUGGUCGACACUCAAGACCAAAGCCCAUUUUAUCGAAUAAGUGACACAAAAAAUCCUGAUUUAUUACAUGAACGUCAAUCAGCAACAUUCGAUGUUGAACAACUUACACAAUUUAUAUUUGGUGGUCCAAGCGGUUAUUUUAAUAUAAAUAGACGACGUCAAAUUACUCGUCUAGCUUAUACACAUCCA